CUGCAGCUCACCUGUGGACUCCACCAUGAUUGUUUGACUAUAAAAAGAGAAACUGUGUCUCUGCUGCUCCGAACUAUUCACACUUGAAUGAGAACAUGAAGUGACGCUGCAGUGGAUCUUCCCUCAUCCUUAAAGUGCAGCUGUGGAUAAUCUGUUGAAGAACCCACAUAUUUCAUGUCAUCUGGUGGAGCUUUAUCAAAGAUGUGUCAGCUUCAGUGUGAAAUAUGAUGCUGUUGACUAAAUCACAAGAAACCCAAGACCCAGCCUGUUUGUUUGAGGGAUAAUUAGAUGCCAACUGAAUCAGAGUAAACUCAGCUUCUCUGGGAUCUUUACAAAAUAAGCUCAUUAUGAGACUCUGAUGUUGAAACCCACAGAAAAGAGAAGAUGGAUGCUGUGAAAAUAUCCUGCUGGACUCUGGAGUGUGUCUGCCUCCUGCUGUCUGUAACUGCAGAUCAGAAAAUCAUCACAGCCGAGUCUGGACAGAACAUCACGCUGCCGUGUCGAGCUCCAAAUGAGAACAAAACCAUCACAGUAGUAGAGUGGAGCAGAACUGAUCUGGAGUCAGAACAUGUGCUUUUGUACCGAGAUGAACAGUUUGAACCAGAAGAGCAGCAUCCAUCUUUUAAGAACCGGGUGGAUCUGCAGGACAGACAGAUGAAGGAUGGAGACGUGUCUCUGAUUCUGAAGAAUGUGACGACUGCUGAUAGUGGAACAUACGAGUGUCGAGUCUUCAUGGGAAAAAAACGACGCAGGAAAAGAGCUAAGCUGAAUACUGACCCCAUCAGUGUCAUCAGCCUGAGUGUUGUUGUUCCUCCAGGUCAGACAAGAAGAUCUGUUGGAGUGAUGCUCAGUGUGUCACUUCUUGUUGCUGCUGUCAUUGGUUUUCUGAUCUACAAACAAGGAUCACCAACCUUGUCCUUGAACUGUCUCAGAGGUGUUCCAGCUAAUUCGUGAGCCUCCUGCUGCUGUUUCAGCUUCUCAGAGGUGACACAGAUCAUCCAGUGGAGAGACAGACGAGGACAUCCUGAAUUUGUUGUUCAGCAUCUUUGUGAAAGUCUUGAACAUUUUCCUUUGGACAUGUUGGACUUUAACUAAAGAUGCUUUCAGUCCAAAAGUCUUUUUCUUCCUGUUGUUUGGUGCAAAGCGUCGACGAUCGUCUAGAAAACAUUUUCAUCUUUAAUCCUGGUUUCAGGUGAAAGUUUGUCUUUAGCUCCUCACUGUCCUGAUGAGCUGCAUGAACACCAGCUGGAAGUCAGUUUGUUAAUGAGAAGUUUGGACUCUUUUUCUUUUAUAUAAACAUAUAAAACAUGUAAAUUACAGACGUGUCCUGUUUCCACUGUGAGUGUAGCUGUUAGCUCGUGACCUCCUGCUGAGCUGAAGCCUCAGACUGUUUCUGUAGUUUAAAUAGACGAGACAUCAUUCAUACAUCUGUGCGUGUUCAUUGUAUGCAGCUUUUAUUUAUGUCAGUUUGAGCACUGCAUGAACUGUGAAACUCUUUAUUUAUAUUACAGAUUUUAUUCUUUUAUGUUAUUAUUAAUGAUAAAAUGAGUGAGUUUUUCUGUACAGAUGAAUUUUCUUUGAUCAAAAACUUUGUGAGCUGAGUCUGAUGUUGUUUCCUGAGCAUGUCUCCUCCACUCUGCUCUUUCUACUGAGAAUGUGUUUAAUCAGUUUUUUGUUUCCAAUGUUUUUGACUGUAAAUAAAGUG